AGCAGUGUGUGUGAGUGUGUGUGUGUGUGGUGUAAAAUGUGCUUUUCAAAUUGCUGAGAGGUUGAUGGGACUGUUGGAUUAGCUCCUCUGAGAAGAAGAGAAAAAGUGCUUGGAGCUCUUCUGGUUUCUUCUUUAGAAUAAUUUGGAUGGGAUUUGUGAUGCAGAAAAGCUUAAGGAAACAAGGAUAUCUAUUCUGUGUGCUGGACAAUUUUUGAAAAAAAAAUUUGCUUUCUUCAAACAAGGUCCCAGGCCCAUGUGCCCACCCACCCUUCCUGCCAUCACUGUAACUCCAGUAGCAGAGGUUCUCAAUCCUGGCUGCACGGUAGAGUCACCCUGGGAGCUUUAAAACAACAUUGAUGCCAGCUCAGACCCAGCAGAUGACAUUGUAGAUGAAGGUACCAUUUUGAUAUUUAUGGGGACUGUUGUUCUCACUAUGAAGGCAUCUGUUAUUGAAAUGUUCCUUGUUUUGCUGGUGACUGGAAUACAUUCAAAUAAAGAAACGACAAAGAAGAUUAAAAGGCUCAAAUUCAAUGUGCCUCAGAUCAACUGCGAUGUCAAAGCUGGGAAGAUAAUCAAUCCUGAGUUCAUUGUGAAAUGCCCGGCAGGAUGCCAAGACCCCAAAUACCACGUGUACGGCACUGACGUCUACGCGUCCUACUCCAGCGUGUGCGGCGCCGCCGUGCACAGUGGCGUGCUCGAUAAUUCAGGAGGGAAAAUACUUGUUCGGAAAGUGGCUGGACAGUCCGGCUAUAAAGGGAGCUACUCCAAUGGUGUCCAGUCGCUAUCCUUGCCAAGGUGGAGAGAAUCCUUCAUCGUCUCAGAAAGCAAACCCCAAAAGGGUGUAACCUACCCAUCGGCUCUUACAUAUUCAUCAUCUAAAAGCCCAGCUGCCAAAGCAGGUGAGACCACCAAAGCUUAUGAGAGACCCUCCGUUCCAGGGACAACCCCACAGCCAGUCACUCUGACGCAAGUUGUGGCUGUCACCACAGCAGAUGCCAGCCACACCACCUUGCCAAAGCCAUCCCCAUUCGCAGCUUCUACCGCCAGCAGCCCCAGACCACAGCCCGCGGGCCACAGGAGCCGGGAGAUGGGUCUAUGGUCCACCCCCACCUACACGAGCAGCCAAAACAGGCCCGGAGCCAAUCCAGGUGUCCAAAGGCAGGAUGCUUCGGGAGCUGCCUUCCAGAAGCCUGUCGGAGCGGAUGUCAGCCUGGGAUUUGUUCCAAAAGAAGAAUUAAGCACACAGUCUUUGGAGCCAGUAUCCCUGGGAGAUCCAAACUGCAAAGUCGACUUGUCGUUUUUAAUCGACGGGAGCUCCAGCAUUGGCAAACGUCGAUUCCGAAUCCAGAAGCAGUUCCUGGCUGACGUUGCCCAAGCUCUUGACAUUGGCCCUGUGGGUCCACUGAUGGGUGUUGUUCAGUAUGGAGACAACCCUGCCACCCACUUUAACCUCAGGACUCACACGAAUUCACGUGAUCUGAAGACAGCCAUAGAGAAGAUUUCCCAGAGAGGAGGGCUUGCUAAUGCAGGCCGGGCCAUCUCCUUUGUGACCAAGAACUUCUUUUCCAAAGCCAAUGGAAACAGAGGCGGCCCUCCCAAUGUGGCCGUGGUGCUGGUGGACGGCUGGCCCACAGACAAAGUGGAGGAGGCUUCGAGACUUGCAAGGGAGUCAGGAAUCAACAUUUUCUUCAUCGCCAUUGAAGGUGCUGUUGAAAAUGAGAAGCAGUACGUGCUGGAGCCCAACUUUGUGAACAAGGCUGUGUGCAGAACCAACGGCUUCUACUCGUUCCACGUGCAGAGCUGGUUCGGCCUGCACAAGACCCUGCAGCCCCUGGUGAAGCGGGUGUGCGACGCCGAGCGCCUGGCCUGCAGCAAGACCUGCCUGAACUCGGCCGACGUGGGCUUCGUCAUCGACGGCUCCAGCAGCGUGGGCACCGGCAACUUCCGCACCGUGCUCCAGUUCGUGGCCAACCUCAGCAGGGAGUUUGAGAUCUCCGACACGGACACGCGCGUCGGGGCCGUGCAGUACACCUACGAGCAGCGGCUGGAGUUCGGGUUCGACAGGUACAGCAGCAAGGCCGACGUCCUCGGCGCCCUCAAGAGGGUGGGGUACUGGAGCGGCGGCACGAGCACCGGCGCCGCCAUCCACUACGCCCUGGAACAGCUCUUCAAGAAGUCCAAGCCCAACAAGAGGAAGCUGAUGAUCCUCAUCACCGACGGGAGGUCCUACGACGACGUCCGGAUACCUGCCCUGGCUGCCCACCUGAAGGGAGUGAUCACCUAUGCAGUAGGCGUUGCAUGGGCUGCCCAGGAGGAGCUAGAAGUCAUCGCCACUCACCCCGCCAGGGACCACUCCUUCUUUGUGGAUGACUUUGACAACCUCUACCAGUAUGUCCCCAGGAUCAUCCAGAACAUUUGUACAGAGUUCAACUCACAGCCUCGGAACUGAAAUCAGAACAGGCAAAGCACCAGCAAAUGCUGCUUCGCUCACUGACUCUUUGGACAACGCCCAAUGCUAUACAGGGCGCACGUGGGGCCCAGCAAGGCUUGGAUAGGGCUUGGGGAAACAGAGGCACUGUUAUUAUUCUUUGCCAUCAUGGUUUUUCAUACUUCAAAACUUGGAGUUAGAAAGAUGCUCACCAAUUUGUAGAAUGAGCCAAAAUGAUACAUUAUUUGAGGGUGCUGGGGGUUUUACAUUUUGAAAAUUAUUUUCAAAAUAAACUUUCAGAAGAGAGUGCAGCAUUUACGAUUGGGCUUAAAUAGAGCUUUCGUGAGAUUUCGUUAUUUUUAUUUCUCAUUAGAACUCUGUAGCCCUCAACAAGUUUCAUUUUUGUCAUGACAAUGUUGGAGUUGCUUAAUUAAAUGUUUAAAAGGAUUACAUGCAA